AAUCCUUAAGCCAGGUCUCAGUUAAAGCGAUCACACAGGCAUCCCUGUACUCCGAGAUAUGCUUCACAUUCGCUUGAAGCUCGUCCACCUUGUUCCUCAAAGACUGCGCGUUGCCAAGGAUAAUUGAGGGGAGCGGUAAGCGGCGGAGUCCUAGUCUCCGCAGCCGCUGACGCACCCCUCCUCUCCGGGCACGCUUCCUCGUUCGAACCGCAGUCUGCUGCCGCCGAGGGCUUCUGGAUCUGUGAGGGGCUGUUUGCCUCGCUGCCUCUGGUGUGCCAGCCGGUCUGAACGAGAGCCUCCAGCCCGAUUCCUCCGGAUCUCUGGCGGGAUACCAUCAGUCAUGGCUCACCGUCUGUUUGAAGGCAAAGAACAUGCUGCUUCCUAUUGGAAAUACAGGAUCUCUCCAUCAGAUCAUCUAAUGCAACAAGUGCUUGACUUCUUGGAAAAGCGAAAAGGUCGGCCCUUUGAGCUGGCCCUGGACGUGGGUUGUGGUUCAGGGCAGGGAACUCUGCGACUGGCCAAACACUUUGCCUCUGUGGUGGGGACAGAUGUGAGUCCUGCACAGCUGGAAGUGGCUUCACAGUUUGCUAAAGAGCCAAACAUCACGUAUAGACGGUGUGUUGCCGAGGAGCUGCCUUUCGCUGACAGCUCAGUGGACCUGGUGACGGCCAUGUCUGCCUUCCACUGGUUUGACAGGCCGCGCUUUCUCCGGGAGGCCCACAGGGUGCUGAAGCCCCGCGGCUGCUUGGCUCUGCUCAACUACACCAUUGACAUGGAGCUCAGCUACCCUGACUGCUGCUCGCACACACUGAACCAAAUCUGCAAAGAGUUUUAUGCAGCCUUGCACCCAUACCGCAACCCCUGCCUUGGUGCGAGCUCCAUUGAGUUGUACCGGGAGUCAUAUGAGUCCCUUCCUUACCCUGACAAGGAGUGGCAGGAGUGUGUGUGGGACAGAAGGCCCAUGCCGCUGUCCGGCUUCAUGGGGUUGGUUGAGUCUUUCUCCAGUUAUCAGGCCAUGCUCAGAGAUGAUCCCCAGAAGGCCACCACACUGUCCCAGGACAUCUGUCAGAGGUUCAUGUCUGUAAUGAGGGUGACCUCUGCAGAGACAGAGGUGGUGGUGGCUGUCAAGUAUUUCUACCUUUUGGCCUGCAAACCACAGGAAGCCUGAUUCCUGCCAACUCCUGCACUUCUAGCAAAGUCAUGAACCUCAUUAAGGACACAGGAACACAGAAAGUUGAUUUCAUCGACUUUUCUGUGUAAAUAUGUUUGGUUUUUUUUGGACAUUUAAAAUCUAGGUAAUGAUCCUCUGUUUGCUGUUCCCUACUAAUAUGUAAACUCACCGUUUUGGACAAAUGCUUCUCAUAUAAAAGAGUGCUUAUCACUUUGCUGUGGAGCGUUAGAUGAGAAAAUACCUCCCACUCUCAUGUCUUUAUGUUGAAUAUAUGUAACCAUCCAUGUAGGUUUCUUUUGAAUACUGGUGUGUCAAUGCAAAACAUAAUGGAAUACAUAUAUGGAUCUGUUUUCCACGAUAGAUCCAGUGGUCGUAUGACCUCAUGAUUCAUAUUUAUAUUUUUCAGAGAAAUAAAAGUGCUGAAGUAAAACACC